AUGGAAAUUCAUUUGGGGCAUCGGGGGAUGCCUUGUCCAGUACUUGGUGAUGUCCAUGAAUGGGAGGACACUGAUGAGCCCAUAUAUGAACCAGCAGAGCACUUCCCUACCAUACUCGAGCUUCUGUUCUUGAACUGCAAGCAAUGCACCACCAUUGUUGACAAGUCUGGAGUGCACUCCCUCAUGAUACAGUUUUGUCAAUGUCCAAAUGCUCGCACCCCUGACAAGCAAUUAUUUGAGAUCGGCAUGUUUCUGGCAUCAUUCACCCAACCAAAACUGCAUUUACCUUUCCAGUACUGGAUGGUUGGAACCUCAGCAAUGAAUUACUACAACCAGUUGAGAAGAAUGACGUUGAGCAUAUUUCCACACCUAGUCCCAGACCGUUACAGAGAAUUGAUGAGGGUAGCAUGGCAAUGGCAACAGCUGAAGCUCCUCAAAUGGAAUGGGUUUGCUUAUGAGCGAAGAAGGCUGACAUCCGGUGAACUCGCCCUCAUUUGCCUGGCUUGCCCACAGCCCGGCAUCAAUGCUCCACUCUUGGCCGAUAGGAAUGUUGAUGAUCCCAGUUGGCUGUAUGCCCGUUCACUGGCCAUGGACGGUAACUUCAAAGCAGAGCACCUUCAUCCCACUCAUCCAGAAGAUGAAGUCUGGUUGACCGACGUCAACCAGGCCAAUGCAUCCCGACACAAAUUAGAGGCUACCGGGAUAGGAGGGUGUGCCUGUGCCCACCACGGUUGUUUUGUGCCCCAUUCCAUUGUGGAUUUUCAAAAGGGCGAAAGGUGUCAGGUGAACGAGAGCCUGUACUUGAAUAUCCCUUCCGGCAUGGAGAUUAUACUGGGAAUUGGACUCUGGCAUGUCCACAGACAUCAAGACAUGUGUUAUGUUCAGUAUGCAUCGACAUUUAUCACUGGGGCAGCUCGGAUCGAUGGAGAAAUUAUGGAGACGUUGUGGGCACCUCUGAAUAUCAUAUCUCCCACUGCUAGAGGCAUGUCCACCCCCCACCGGCAGGAGUGUCUCGAUUACCAGAUGAAUGACUCCAAUUUCAUGAAGAUGUAUAAAGAAGCCAUGAAGGGUGUCACAGAAAGCACCGCUGCUUUUGAGAAGCUCAACAACACUGCCGAUCCAGACAUGGUUGCAAAGUGGGAAGAACAGGACAGACAUGCUCAUUCAUGUCGAGUCACUGAUCCAUCUGCUAUGGACAUAUUCAAAGUACAGUUACGGUGGGCACCAACACAGAAGCAACAAGAGCUAGCUUUACUGUCCUCCUGGAGAGCCCAUUUGGGCGGGAAUGCACAAUGUGGUGCGGCCACAUGGAUUGCAUCUGGCAUUACCAUAGAAGAGAUGCAGAUAGCACUCACAAUGGAUAUUAGGAAGCUCAGCAGACACCCUAUGGAGAACCAAACCUUGUGCAAAGUCGGAUAG